GGCGGAGUCGGGGAUCGUGCCGGACUUCGAGGUGGGCGAGGAGUUCCACGAGGAGCCCAAGACGUACUACGAGCUGAAGAGCCAGCCGCUGAAGAGCAGCAAUUCCGAGCAUCCUGGCGCUUCCAAGCCUCCCUUAAGCUCCUCCAGCAUGACCUCACGAAUCCUGCUCCGACAGCAGCUCAUGCGUGAGCAGAUGCAGGAGCAGGAGCGUCGGGAGCAGCAGCAGAAGCAGCAGGCAGCCCAGUUCAUGCAGCAGCGAGUGCCCGUGAGCCAGACACCUGCCAUCAACGUCAGCGUGCCCACCAGCCUGCCCCCCGCCACCCAGGUGCCCAUGGAGGUCCUCAAGGUGCAGACUCACCUUGAGAAUCCAACCAAGUACCACAUUCAGCAGGCCCAGCGGCAGCAGGUAAAGCAGUACCUCUCUACCACUCUAGCAAAUAAACAUGCCAACCAAGCCCUGAGCUUGCCAUGUCCAAACCAGCCUGGGGAUCAUGUCAUGCCACCUGGAACGGGGAGCAGCGCACCCAACAGCCCCAUGGCUAUGCUCACACUCAACUCCAACUGUGAGAAAGAGGGAUUUUAUAAAUUUGAAGAGCAAAGCAGGGUUGAGAGUGAGUGCCCGGCUCUGAAUACACACUCACGAGCAUCAUGCAUGCAGAUGGAUGAUGUGAUCGAUGACAUCAUUAGUUUGGAGUCCAGUUACAAUGAAGAAAUCCUCGGCUUGGUGGACCCAGCCCUGCAAAUGGCAAACACGUUGCCUGUGUCUGGCAAUUUGAUUGACCUUUAUGGCAACCAAAGCAUGCCUCCUCCAGGACUAAACAUCAGCAACUCAUGUCCAGCUAAUCUUCCUAACAUAAAAAGGGAGCUCACAGAGUCAGAAGCGAGAGCGUUGGCUAAGGAGAGGCAAAAGAAAGACAAUCACAACUUGAUUGAACGAAGGAGAAGAUUUAAUAUUAAUGAUCGUAUAAAAGAACUGGGCACCUUGAUACCCAAGUCAAAUGACCCUGACAUGCGCUGGAACAAGGGGACGAUUCUGAAGGCGUCGGUGGAUUACAUCCGCAAGCUGCAGAGGGAGCAGCAGCGCACCAAGGAGCUGGAGAACAGGCAGAAGAAGCUGGAACAUGCCAACAGGCACCUGCUGCUCAGAAUACAGGAACUGGAGAUGCAAGCCCGGGCACACGGACUGUCCCUUGUCCCAUCUACAGGCCUUUGCUCCCCUGACAUGGUCAACAGGGUCAUCAAACAGGAGCCUGUGCUGGACAACUGCAGCCAAGACAUGAUGCCACACCACACAGACCUGUCGUGCACCACCACCCUGGACCUCACCGACGGCACCAUCAGCUUCAGCGACAGCCUGGGCAACGUGACUGACCCAGCUGGCACUUACGGGGUCCCUGCCAAAAUGGGCUCCAAACUGGAAGAUAUCCUGAUGGACGAUACCCUGUCCCCCGUGGGAGUGACUGACCCCCUGCUCUCCUCCGUCUCUCCUGGGGCCUCAAAGACGAGUAGCAGGCGGAGCAGCGUGAGCAUGGAGGACACUGACCAUGCUUGUUAGCGUCUGGUGGCACACCUUUCAUAAACUGCUUUGGUUCUUGAUCAGUAGAUGAAAUAAUUUACCUUUUGUAGAAUUUUUUUGAUUUUUUUUUUUUUCCCCCUUGUGCUUCAUCAGUGUGUGUGCGUGUGUGUAUAUA